AUGCCGCGAACAGUCCCUGGUUUGUCCGUCAGGGUUCCGGUGGGGAUUCAGGGCUCGGCGUUCAAUGUCACACAGAGCGGGACGUUCUCGCAGGGCGACAUCACGAUCGGGCGGAACGGCCUGACGGUCGACGGCGACGUGCGGCCGCCCUCGCGCGACGCCCAGGGCGCGGCGCCGCUCUUUUCUGCGUCGCUCCCCGUCCCGCUGCACGCCGCGGACUGCGCGACGCCCGUCGUCGGGCCCGAGGGCACCCCGGCGGGGGGCUCGCGGUGCACGACCGCGGACAACAACGCGCGCUUCCUGUGCUCGCGCGGGUCGCUCGGGAGCGCGGCGAACGCGUUCACCAUUGCCGUCGACGAGCUGGUCACGCUGCGUCGCAUCGGGAAGGGGUGCUCGGGCGUGGUGCACCUGUGUAUGCACCGGCCGUCCGGGGACGUGCUCGUGCGGAAGGACAUUCCGUUCAACGUCGCGGACGAGGCGCAGCGGAAGCAGCUGUGCACGGAGCUGCGCACGACGUGGCAGGCCAACUCGCCGUGCUGCGUGCACUGCUUCGAGGCGUUCUUCCACGAGAGCACCGUCACGAUCAUCAUGGAGUACAUGAACGGCGGCUCCAUCGACCGCCUCUUCCGGCAGCACCCCGACGGCCUCCCGGAGCCCAUGCUGGCCGCCAUUGCCUGCCAGGUGCUCGAGGGGCUGCAGCACCUGCACUGCGAGCGCCGCGUGAUCCACCGCGACAUCAAGCCCUCAAACCUCCUCGUGAACACCGCCGGCGAGGUCAAGAUCGCCGACUUCGGCGUGUCGGGCGAGCUGGACGCCAACGCCUCGCGCAUGGAGAGCUUCGUCGGAACGCUGCACUACCUGUCGCCGGAGCGCAUCGAGUCGUCCAAGUACUCGUUCAACGCGGACGUGUGGUCGCUCGGCGUGCUGCUCCUCGAGGGCGCGCUCGGACGCUUCCCGUACCUGCCCGACGACGCCGCGCCUGCCGCGCCCAACGUGCCCGGCGCGAGCAAGGGCGGCGUGCCGCAGGGCAACGUCCUCGGGUACUGGGACCUCCUCCACGCCAUCGUCGAGCAGCCUGCGCCCCGACCGGACCGCUCGCGCUUCACGCAGCAGUUUUGCGACUUUGUGGAGGCCUGCCUGACCAAGGACGCCGCCGCGCGCCCCUCCGCCGAGGACCUCCUCCGGCAUCCCUGGCUCGAGCAGACCGCGCGCGGCGGCGACGCCACCGAGGCCCUGCGCGGCCACGUCCAGCGCAUCCCCGUGGAGCUCUCGCCCGAGCUGGCCAAGCUCGGCACCGAACAGGUCGCGCUGCUCGCGGCGCAGCUGCGGGACCUCGCGAGCCCCGGCAGCGCGCGCGACGCGUGA